CUCUCGUGUGCAUGGAAGUUGAGUAGUUCCGUGAGAUUGUUUGAUUAUUAAAAAUAAAGUGGCACCAAUAUGUUAAUUGAACCAAAACUAACAAAUACCUCGCCGGAUUUCGCCAAGCCGGCUUGCAAGCAAAAUCCACUUUUGCAAGUGCUUGGAAAGCCACAUGUUGAUUCAUUCAACUACAUGCUGGAGGAAGGACUCUCGGGGACAAUCAAGAACUUGACUCCCGUUUAUUUGACGUUACCCAGUGGAGACAAGAUCGAGCUGAAAUUUGAACAUGUUAGCAUUUCUCGUCCAGCUGUCCCUAGUGGCACUAUUGGUGUGUCUAAUUCAAAAAUCCUCCCCACGGAGUGUCGUCAGAGAGCCGUCACUUACAAAGGUAGGAUCAAUGCCAAAAUCGCCUGGUCCAUCAAUGGUAGAAAGCAAGAAACUCUGGAACGCUGUUUGGGAGAAAUACCAAUCAUGGUCAAGUCCAACAGAUGUCAUCUACAAAAUCUGAGCCCUGCACAAUUGAUCAAAGUAAAAGAACAUGAGCAAGAGUGGGGUGGAUACUUUAUUAUCAAAGGAUAUGAACGUCUUAUAAGAAUGCUGCUGAUGAUUAGAAGAAAUUAUCCCAUAGCUAUUAAAAGAUCUACAUGGAAGCAAAGAGGAAAAUAUUUUAGUGACAUGGGUAUUUUAUUGAGAUCUGUCACAGAUGAUUGUACUUCCAUGACUAAUACAUUACACUACUUAACUGAUGGCUCAGUAAAAGUAAUGUUCACCUAUAGAAAACAGUUGUUUCACAUACCUUUGAUUUUAGUAUUAAAGUGUUUGAUGAAUGCAUCUGAUAAAUUCAUUUACAAUGCCUUGACUGCCGAUUGUGACCAUGAUGUUUAUUACAAAAAUUGUGUUCUGAACAUGUUGAGAACUAUUCAUUCUGACGAUUUGAACUUGCACACUCACGAACAGUGCAAAUUAUUUAUUGGAAAAAUGUUUCGGAUAAAAUUUUACGAACUUCCUCCAACUUGUACAGAUACAGAAGUUUGCGAUUUCAUAUUGAAGCAGUGCAUAGCCAUUCAUCUCGAUGACCCUUUAGAUAAAUUUAAUCUUUUCUGCUUUAUGACUAAAAAGUUAUUUGCAUUAAUUAGUGGUAAAUGCAUUGUGGAAGGAGUGGAUUCUGUUAUGAUGCAAGAGUGUUUGCUUGGUGGUCAUCUAUAUUUACAGGUCAUUAAAGAAAAAUUGUAUUCAUGGCUCAUGGUGUUGAGAUCGAAUAUUUCGAAACGUUCUAAUAACGUAGGCAACAGUUUUACUUUGAAUACCCAGGAAAUGCAAAAUAUGCUCAAAUAUUGCGGUACUUUUGAUUCGCAAAUGGAAAAUUUUUUAUCUACUGGCAAUAUCAGAUCUCAAAGUGGCUUGGGCCUUCUGCAACAUUCGGGCUUGACUAUUGUCGCUGAAAACAUUAAUAGAACACGAUACAUGUCUCACUUUAGAGCAGUUCAUAGGGGUUCUUUCUUCCAACAGAUGAGAACAACAGAAGCCAGACAAUUGCUACCCGAUGCUUGGGGUUUUAUUUGCCCAGUACACACUCCAGAUGGUACUCCAUGUGGUCUUCUUAAUCACUUGACAAUGAACUGCACCAUUACCGAACAUCCUGAUCCAAAAUUGAAGAACGCUGUUCCUAAUGUUUUACUAACAUUAGGGAUGCUUUCCUUAUCAACUGUUGAUGACUGGAAAAAUUCCUACACUGUUCAUUUAGAUGGUAAAAUUAUAGGUUUAAUAGAGGAUAAUAUUGUUGACAGAGUUGUUGACAAGUUACGUAUUUUAAAAACCAAUGAGGAGGUCCCACCAACAAUGGAAAUAGUUUUUGUGCCCAAAAAAAAUGUUGCACUUCAGUAUCCCGGCAUUUUUCUUUUCACAAAUUCAGCUCGGAUGAUGAGACCCGUAAAAAAUUUGCUAGUCAAUAAAACGGAAUUGAUAGGUACCUUUGAACAAGUGUAUUUAAACAUUUGUGUUACAGCUGAAGAAGCAUACGAAGGCCUGACCACUCAUCAAGAGCUUUCCAAAACGGCUUUCCUCAGUAACUUGGCUUCUCUAACUCCUUUGUCAGAUUACAAUCAAAGUCCAAGAAAUAUGUAUCAAUGUCAGAUGGUGAAACAAACGAUGGGUACUCCAUGUCUCACAUGGCAGCAACAAACAGAAACGAAAGCAUACAGAUUACAAACUCCAUCAACGCCCUUGUUCAGACCCGUUCAUUAUGAUCAUAUUAAUCUUGAUGAAUUUCCUGUUGGUACAAACGCCAUUGUCGCUGUAAUUUCGUAUACUGGCUAUGACAUGGAAGAUGCUAUGAUCAUAAACAAAGCCGCGUAUGAGCGAGGUUUUGCGCAUGGUAUGAUUUACAAGUCAGAAUUCAUAGAAUUAAAAGAACAAGGGGACUAUUUUGCUAAGGAUCCUCAGAAUUCGGUCAUCGGAGAUAAACUGGAUUCUGAUGGAUUACCAAAUCCGGGCUCAAUCAUUAAAUUUGGAGAUCCUUUCUAUUGUUUCUUCGACGGAGACCAAAAGACAUUUGUAUUGAAAAAAUAUUCUGGAAAAGAAGACAUGUUUGUAGAUAACGUAAAACUUUGCGGGACUUUACACCAAAGUGUCAAUCGAAAAGCCUGUAUCACAUAUCGAAUUUCUCGUAAUCCGAAUGUUGGCGAUAAGUUUGCCUCUCGUGCUGGCCAAAAAGGUAUUUGCUCACAAAAGUGGCCUGCAGAAGAUUUGCCCUUUACGGAAACUGGUCUCGUACCAGAUAUUAUAUUCAAUCCUCACGGUUUUCCGAGUCGAAUGACAAUUGCUAUGAUGAUCGAAGUCAUGGCUGGUAAAUCGGCUGCAGUCCACGGUUUAGUUCACGAUGCAACGCCGUUUAGAUUUUCUGAAAAUGAUACUGCUGUUGAGUACUUUGGAAAAUUACUUGAACAGGGUGGCUACAACUACUAUGGAACUGAAAGACUGUACUCUGGCAUAGAUGGUCAUGAAAUGAAAGCCGACAUCUUUUUUGGUAUUGUAUAUUAUCAAAGGCUUCGACAUAUGGUCUCAGACAAGUGGCAGGUAAGAAGUACCGGGCCUUCUGACAUUUUGACCAAACAACCUAUUAAAGGAAGACGAAGAGGAGGUGGUGUCAGAUUCGGUGAAAUGGAGCGUGAUUCAUUAAUAUCGCAUGGUUGCUCUUUUCUUCUUCAAGAUCGAUUAUUUCAUUGUUCAGAUAAAACAUUGUUACUGGUUUGCAAACAAUGUGGGACUUUAAUUGGACCCGUAAUGGAAGUCGUAAUGAGUAAAGCAGGUGCAGGAGAAAAAAAGAUGAGGUGUCGGUUGUGUGGAGAUGACGGCAAAAUUGGCGAAAUUGAAAUGCCCUACAUUUUUAAAUAUCUCGUUACGCAGCUAACUUCGUGUAAUAUUAAUGUGAAAAUAACUUUCACCGAAAAAUAAUUUUUUUUAAUUUGUGCUAAUUUUCAAUACAUACUUCAUAGGUGAUGAAUGUAUAUACUACUUUGUACAUAAAAGAUUUUGGAGAUUUUUAAUUUAAAACUGUUUUGAUAUAAUAUUUCUUUUUUAUUUAUUAGAAUUGGACAUAAACUUUCAUUUUCGAAAUAACAAUUGAAUAUUAUAUUACAUAUUUUUUAUCGUUUGCAUGAAUAGUUAGGAAUUUUCAUAUGCCCACAUAAUGUGUACUGCAUUCCAAGUGAAAUGAAGAUUAUGUACACAAUUAUUUAAGCUUAGUUGAUUUUUUUCUACACUAGAUAUCUUAACAGCAAUUAAAAAUAAUACUUUUAACUUUUUUGAAAUUGAAUGAAAUUUUUUUGCCGUACAUGUAUAAUUUUUUGUAACUUUUGAUUAUCGAAGUUAUUUAUACAUAUCUAUACAUACAAUAUAAUGCAAUAGUUAUUAUACGAAAAUAGUUACAGAUUUUUAAAACUUUUUGAUCAAAAAGUAAAUUUCAUAUUGAAAACAACAUUUUAAAAUCAACAA